AUGGCCGACCAGGAGGGCCUAGAAGAUGAUCUCUUCGCUGACCUUUAUGAUGCCGAUGAAUCGACGACUCGCACUACAGCUGUAGUAGAGGCUCCGAACCCUGAGCCCGCAGAGCUGGCCCCUUCGGCGGCUCCUGCUCAGCCUGCAUAUGAUUCAAUUCCUCAGAGCUACGACCCUGCUCCCACUGACAUUUAUACGACACAUGCGAUGCCCCCGCAGAAUUAUGGUACGGACUACCAAAAUGGGUCAGAAGCUACCUACAGCAACCCCGCCGCAGCUACCCCCGCCGAUAAUGACUCGCACGGAACUGGAAUUAAGGAAGACGGGAAAAUGUUUAUUGGCGGUUUGAACUGGGAAACUACAGAUCAAUCCCUUCGGGAUUAUUUCUCGCAGUUUGGCGAGGUCCAGGAGUGUACAGUCAUGCGAGACAGUGCCACAGGCCGCUCUCGUGGCUUUGGCUUCCUGACCUUCCGGGACCCUAAGACCGUGAACACUGUCAUGGUUAAAGAGCAUUAUUUGGAUGGCAAGAUUAUCGACCCAAAGCGUGCCAUCCCGCGUGACGAGCAAGAAAAGACCAGCAAGAUCUUCGUUGGUGGUGUCAGCCAAGAAGCUACAGAACAAGAUUUCAAGCAGUUCUUCAUGCAAUUCGGCCGAGUCGUGGAUGCAACUCUCAUGAUCGAUAAGGAUACUGGUCGUCCUCGUGGAUUCGGCUUCGUAACCUUCGAUAGUGAAACUGCCGUCGAAAAUGCACUUUCCCGUCCUCUCGAAAUUCUAGGUAAGGCCAUUGAGGUAAAGAAGGCUCAGCCCCGCGGUAAUCUGCGCGAUGAGGACAGAGGUGGUCGCCGAGGCGGCCGAGAUGGAGGUUUCCGCGACAUGAACCACGGAGGUAACGGCGGAGGAGGUGGUGGUGGUGGUGGUGGUGGUGGCGGCAGCGGCGGCGGAGAUCAACAGCAACAAGGAGCUCAACAAGGCAUGAAUGGUGGUAUGACUCCACAGAUGAUGGCACAGUACUGGCAACGUAUGCAGCAAUACUUUGCCAUGAUGCAGCAGCAGAUGGCCAUGACUGGCCAGGGCCAGGGAAUGCCCCCAGGAAUGGGUAUGGCUGGUAUGAACCCUGCCAUGAUGCAGCAGAUGCAGCAGAUGCAGCAGCAACAGCAACAGCAACAGCAGCAAAUGAAGGGAAUGGGUAACCAGCAGCAGCAAGGCAGCAUGAGCCCUAACCCUCAGAGCCCAGGAUCCCAGGCCAGUAUGCCCAUGAUGAACCCAUCUUCCAUGAUGCAACCAAUGCAGAACCCCGGCCAGGGCAAUGGUGGUAAUGGAAGCGCCAGCCCCGGUCCCAAUGCUGCCUACAACCGCCAGGCAACUGGACCAGGUUACAACGCCCAGGAACAGAUCGCCUUCGAACAACAGAAGUAUGAGCAACAACAAGUCCGUCGCCAGAUGGAUGGCCGCGCUUUCUCUCCCUAUCAACAAGGUGGCCCGACCUCCUGGGAGGGAAUGUACGAUGAAGUGCCACAACCUAAUAUUCCUUCGGGGCCCCAAGGUAUGACCCCCGUCGUCAGCAUCAAUCGUUAUCCGUCGUUUCCCAUGCGAAGACUACCCACCGCCUUUUCUUCAACUAACUUGCCUCUUGACGCAGGAUCUGCCGCUCAACCGAGCACUGCUCCUGCCAACGCUCCCACUGGACCUCGAAACGCUGGCAAGCCAGGUGCUAACUACCGCGGUGGUGGCCGAGGAGGGCACCGUGGCUUCCACCCCUAUUCUCGCUGA